GUUGCUGGUAGCAGCAAAGCUAUGGAGUUCCCAGGCUUCAAGAACUGCAUGGGUUAUCUCCUUGGUAGUGGUCUUGCUAUUGGCACAAUAAUAACAGACCGGCAUGUGUCUAUCAGAAAGUACAUGAGGGAACAGCUAUCACACAUCACACACUAUUUUGACCUUUGGCAUCUAAAGAAAAAAAUUCACAAAGUUCUACCAAAAAUAAGUAAAGAAAGUGGGUGUUCUAGUUUGGUUGAGUGGAAAAAGCCUCGUCAAAACCAUUUUUACUGGAGUGCUAUUUCCACUUUGUCAGGGAAUGGCAAGGUUAUAUAUGCCAAGUUCAAGUCCUUCCUUAGCCAUAUCAUUAACAAACAUGAUAAAUUGGAUGGAGAUCCAUUGUUUGACAAAUGUGCCCAUGGUGAAAUACAAGAAAGGAAAUGGUUAAAUAAAGAUUCUCCUGUUUAUGAAAAAAUAUGUAAAUCGCUUGGUAAAACCUCUUUGGUAAAUGCAAUAAAGCAAGCCUCACCACUUGCACAGACAAGCUGUCUCGAAGGUUUUCAUUCGGUGGUGAACUACUUCUCUCUAAAGAUGCUAGCUUAUUCCUAUGUUGGAAUGUACUGCAGGUACAUACUCUCGGUUUGGCAAUUUCCACAUUUGCACUUAAUGAGAUGA